AUGGCUAUGAACGCGGAAAUAAGUACUAAACCAAUGAUGGAAAACAGUAAUGUCGUUGGCGGUCAAUUAGCACUCUUUUCCAAAGAUAUCCCGAAUGGCUUCUUCCGUGACGGGUUUUGCAGGACGGGGCCAGAAGAUGAAGGCAAACACUCUGUUGCGGCUACUAUGACGGCAUCAUUUCUUGACUUCACAUCUUCAAAGGGGAACAAUCUUAAAGCAGCAGGAGUUGAACCAGGACAAAAAUGGUGCCUAUAUGCCGAUCGAUGGUCAGAAGUAAUGACAGCUGCACAGGAGGGACAACUACACAAAGAAGCAGUGGCAAAGGUCAAUCUUACCGCAACACACCAAGCAGCUUUGAGAACAGUCAGCUAUAAGGACCUCAAGCAGUCUGCAGCGGAAGGGUUUGCACACGGGAACUGGAGACAAGAGUCGCACCACAAUCCGGAAAACAAUGGACGUAUGACGAAGGAGCAUGACAAGAUUUCGAGCCAUGAUCUUUCGAUGGCGCCUGGGAAAGGGACUGAAGUGAAAGGCACAAGGGGUGAACGAGGAUAGUAUAAGAUUCAGCGUAAGGAAAAUUGCGUACAAUAAUUUCGUACGGAAAUAAAAUCGGAGUCAUCUCUUCGCACUCGCAAUACUUUCACACCGUGGUAAGCUCUCUGUAACGACUCGAGCGUGUGACCUUCUUAUAUGGGAGAAAGGCCCAUAACUGUCUAUAUACUAUGAAACUCUUAAUUCCAAAGCGCGCAAGUUCUGAGAGCAAGGCUACAUGCAUUAUAUCAAGCACCUAAGCUUUCCAAGCAAUCACCAAUUGUGACAUCAAGAAUUUCGGCGAAAUUCUUGAUACCCCUCGUAGAGUCUGUCGUGUUCUGGUCGCUAACUUCGAGCACGCCUUCACACUUAAUACCAAAGUCCAACCCACUUC